AUGCGACGCAAUCGGCUGAAGGACGUGAAUGAGCCACAAAUGCCAGAAGGGUGUUUUCUUUUUCGGUUCCGUCGCGAAACCUUCUACCCACUGCACUAUGCUGUGCUGGAGAACGAUGCAGAGAUGGUGAACAUGUUGCUGAUUGCUGGCAGCGACCCGCGUCAGAAGAGCUCCAAGGGCCGGCGCCCAGAGGAUUUGGCACGAGACCUUGCCGCCGACGGCAACUGCGAGACAUUGGACAACUUGGACAAGAUCAUUCAAACCUUGCAGAUGGCGGAAGCGUCGCAGCGCCAACAGCGUCGCAGCGUCGCUCCCGCGUCGCAGCGUCGCAGCGUGCAGCGCCAACAGCGUCGCAGCGUCGCUCCCCGCGUCGCAGCGUCGCAGCGUCGCAGCGCCAACAGCGUCGCAGCGUCGCUCCCGCGUCGCAGCGUCGCAGCGUCGCAGCGCCAACAGCGUCGCAGCGUCGCUCCAGCAGCGUCGCAGCGUCGCAGCGCCAACAGCGUCGCAGCGUCACUGGCCCAACGGCAGCGUCGCAGGGUCGCAGCGUCGCAGCGUCGCAGCGCCACCCGCCCCCCGGAGCGUCGCAGCGUCGCAGCGUCGCAGCGCCACCCGCCCCCGGGAGCGUCACAGCGCAACGUCGGAAACCCACGCUUCGGCCCCCUUUGUCCAGUGUUGCAACUCAUUUGGCUGACCCCUGCUGACAAUGGACAUUCACCCGGAUUUGAUGAGAACUUCAGUUGA